GCCGCUCAUCGCGGCAGUGGUGGUCGCGGUGUUCUGUUUGCUCGCCUGGGUCACCACGGCCAGGCCCCCAGACCUCAGCCUCGGCGCCCAGCGCAAGAUCACGCAGGACUCGGCUCUGGGCCCUGGCAGGGACCAGCGUGGCUGCCUCCACACCGCGGGGUACGUCUGGUGCGAGGGAGCUGGCAAGUGCAUCCGGCCCUGGCAGGAUUCGUGCCCUGGCGGCACCGAAUUCUGCAGAUCCUUCUGCAGCAAGGGCCACCAGGGCGUGCACCAUUCCGACAAGUCGGAGGCGGGCUCGCUGUGGAUGGAGGGCAUCACGGAGCACAGCAGCGUUUUCUGCCGGUGCACGUCGGCGGGGGAGGCUGACGACUACGUCAAGCCCUAG